AUGGGCGCUGAUUGGUACCUUUGCUCUCUUCUUGGAGUCGCCACGAUUGUAUUUCAUGCCUUGUGGAUUGCAAUAUGGAGAUUUGACAGCGACUCUGCUUGGUACCGAGGUCUGCAUGGUGUAUUCCCCUUGCUGCAAGCACUGUCUAUCAUCCCCCUUGUGUUAGGUCACCAAGAAGCUUGUACCAGCACUCUCCAAUGCUUAUUGAUCUUGAGCACGCUACACCAUUGGACCGUUUCUCGUCGACAUAUUGACGAGACUUUGUCGCUUCACUCUACACACUUUUCGACUCCAACUUUCGGACAAGUAUCGCGAUCGGCUCAUGCGCAUAUAUCUAUACUCCAUAACAACCUCGGCAACGAAGCGACCUGGGCUGAGGAAGCGUUAGGUAAACCAGUUGACCGUGAAAACUGGCUAUGGUCUUACCUGAAAGUCAAGGUGGGCAGACAGCCGCCAGAUAUGAAGCGAUACUACUACAUGGACAUACCUGUCCAUGAUGAAAUCCAAGUUUUGGAUUUCUGGGAUAUUGGAGAUAAUCACGGGCAGAGUGAAGUAGUGAAAGGUCGUUGGUGGACAAGGCUGGAUGGUGUCUUGUUGCUUUUUACACAGGAGCAACCUCUCUACAACUUUCAAGUUUUGCACAGAAAAGGAGUCUUUGGAACAGCGCAGAUAUUCUUAGUUGAGACCAAAACACCAAAAGGUCCCUCUGCCCGGCACAAUGCAGAGGUGAUCGCAAGGUCUAAUGGUUGGCAUUUCAUGAAAGAGUAUCACCCAGAUAGCAAGGCACUACUCACGAGAAUUGCCCAUAGUGUUCGGUCAAAGAGACUGCAGCACAGAGAAACAUAG